AUGACCAAUCCAGGCUCAUGCCGAGACAGGGCCCUGGUGCCUGGCCUGACCCGCCUUCCUCUGGAGAUUCUUACAAAGAUCCUUGAAUACUCUGGUGACAAAAGUCUCUUGAACCUUGCACGUGUCUGCCAUGACUUUCGUGACAUUGCAGCAGCCGUGUUGUACCGUGAUAUCUGCUAUGCUAUCCAUGCAGAUGACCCCAUCCACACAGAAAGCUCCCUGGAUCAGUUCACGACCAUGGUAGAGACAGUGAACAUCAGCAACUAUGACUACGCCCAAUGGGUGAAAGACAUUACAGUGACCCAUAUCGCGCCCUACGAGGCCGAUAAUCGACAGGGGAUCAUCAUACGAAAGCCCGAGCUGAGCUAUGAAGCCGGCAGACAGCUCAAUAGUCUUCUUACCAUUACCGUGUCCAAGGCGACUAAUUUGACCAGUUUCAACUGGGAUAUCCGUCAAGAACUCACUGCAUCCGUCUUCCGAGCUCUCAGUCGAGUCCCUGACCUUCGCGACCUGCACAUCCGUCUGCCACCGCGUACACUGGCAGGUACCACCGACCUUGUACUCGGACAGAUGCUGCAGACGCCACACUUCCACUUCUCGGAGAUCAAUCCUCCCUCCCGAGGGUCUCGGAGCGCCCCAGGCGCCGAGGCCCAGUUGCUGAAAGACCUUGCACAUCUCCAACUUCCGCCAACCAUUUCUCUCAUGGCGGAUCUCAAGAGCCUUUCGGUGCUGGAUAUUGAGGAUCUGAAGAUCGUGUUGCAGAUCCCACAAUGCAUCUCGAAGUGUUCGUCCACCUUAAAGUCGCUGAAGCUGUCGUUCUCGGACGAUCUGGCCAAGUCAGCGCGCAAGAGAACCCUGGCCAACACCCCAGGGGAUAGUCUGACGACGGACACCUCAUUCUUGCUCAAUGCUCAGAUAGUCGGACAGGUCAUAGUCCCCGUGGGAGCAAAUCCGAACCCUCCUCUUGACCCGGUGAUUCGUCGGGAACGCUCCGUCCAGGAGUCGGUUCUGGCGUACAUCUUCAAAGUGGAUAAUCCCACUCAGCGCACUAAGAUUCUGGAGAGUGCACUGGAUAGCGAGCAUCAUUCGCUCGCAGGAAACAAUCCCAUCUCUGAAGAAGUGCAGGAUCGCAAGUUCGUCCGCGCGUUGCGCUCUCUUUCACGUGUGCUGCCGAAAAUGAUGGUCAACAACUCGGAGCAUACAGGCAUCAUCGGCGUGCUCCAUAAGAUUGACAGAGCCACGACUCAAUACCUGGGCCGUCAGUCGAGCAAAAACGCUUCCCAGGCGACUGCGACUGACAAAGCCGGUACUGCUGCCUCCACUUCCGCACCUCCCCGGCCGAGUAGUAGCAAAUUGGUUUCAUCGGUGGGGGGAAAGGCAAAGAAGGAGGCCUGUCCGUCGGACGUAGUCAAUGUCGAGCACCCCGAUGUGGUGGAAGAGGACGGCAAAGAUCAAGAGUUCAUCGAUCAAACUGAACGUUCGAUCACCGAGGCCAGUGUCAGAGCUUUCGCGCGCAAUCCGACACCUAACAGACUCCGCACACUGUCCGACUCAAGCAAGGGAAAGCAGCCCAUCAGAAACCCUCCAGUCGUACCCGAGAAGCCCAUCGCAGACAAGGCCCUCGAGCAGUAUGUCCGCCAGACCCAUGGCAUCUCAUUGGAAAGCCUGUCGAUUCAUCUCAUCCCGGUGACUGCGACAGUGAUCAGCCGGGCCGUGGACAUGUUUUCGCUCAAGCACCUGUCGUUGCUCAACGUUGGCCCGCAAGGCCCGCUCUGGAUUCUCCUGAAGCGAUUCAACCAGAUGCGUCCUCUCCAGCUGACCUCCAUCCACACGGACAACGUCACUCCUGCCUUUUGCACCUUUAUCGUCAGCCUCGAUAAGGUGACAGAGCUGUUUCUGUUCGAGCGCAGCAGCCAGGCAAAGGUGGAGUCGUUGGCCGCGAAGACUACAGUGGACUUUGUCACCCUUCGAAGGGGCAUUCUGACCAGGCACUUGCGCCACUUAGAGCGGUUUGUUAUCCGCAACGACGAGGAUUCCGGCUGGGUGGCCGAUGCGCGAACCAUCCGACUCAUCUCCCAGUUGGGCCGCAACCUGAUUGAGCUGGGUAUCGGAGUCAAUAACUGGAGUAUUCACUAUCUCGUUGAACAAAUCGGCGGACUGUUAUCCCUCAAGGCACUGCAGGUCUUCUGGUACCGCGCUGACAUGUGCACCACCACGCUGCGAGAAGUCCAAUACACCAUGAUCGAUAGCAUCCUACACUAUCCGCACCUUCGCAUCGAAUACCUGGCGCUAUGCUACAACAUGCACGGACCGAUCGCCAACGCCGCCAUCCAGAUCCGAAGCCGCAUCAGGCAUCUAGCCAGGGCAGUUACCCGCGAACACGUUGACGAGACCCAACCCGCCCGCCCGACGCUGCCGGAGUACAUCCCCUUGGACGGUAUCUGUACAAUCGAAGAUAAUGAGGGGGAGCCGGGAUAUCUGUUUGGGCUCGAAAUAAACACGCGGGCUUUGCUGAGGAUCGAGGACAUUCGCGGGGUGAGGAUGUGGGAGAAGGGCACAUGGGAGAUCAAGCUGUAGCCCCGACCAGCUGAGCAGAGUAUGGCCGGGGCCUUGCCUAUCCCCAUCCUUAUCCCUAUCCCUAUCCCACUAAAGCGGAGAUGGAUGUGACGACAAGAGGGAGAAAUGGAAAGGAAGUGAUGUAACACGCACGGACAGAAGUCAACUGCGAGGAGAUCUGUAUUUGUUACUGCCUAAUUUCCCAGUGAAA